AUAGUCAGAGAUCAUCAAGCAUUGAAAGAUGUUUCCUUUAAAAAAGGCCCCCGUCAAUGGAAGGUGAAGGUCACAAGAACAAAGAAACAGAGCACAAGCCAAGUCUCCUCUUUACUUCUGGAUCGAGUGAUUAGUACAAGUUCCAUUUUGUAUCAGGGAGAGAGAGGGACCAUGGGAACAUUUCUAGGGUUCGCGGUCACUGCGACCCUGUUCUUCUGCAUGGCUCAAGGCGAAGUCCUCUUCUAUGAUUUUGUGGUAAAUGAGACACCUAUUGAGAUGCUAUGUGAGACAAAUCGGAGUGUAAUAACCGUGAACGGUCUAUUUCCUGGGCCAGAGAUCCGUGCUCACAAGGGCGACACUGUUUAUGUUAAUGUCACCAACUUAGGACCUUAUGGAAUCACUAUUCACUGGCAUGGAGUGAGACAAAUACGGUAUCCUUGGUCUGAUGGCCCGGAAUAUGUCACGCAAUGCCCCAUCCCUACAAACUCAAGCUUCCUUCAGAAAAUCAAACUCACCGAGGAAGAGGGCACGUUGUGGUGGCACGCCCACAGCGACUGGUCACGUGCCACAAUACAUGGUCCUAUAAUCAUUUUGCCAGUCAAUGACACCAACUACCCUUAUGAGUUUGACGACCAACACACAAUCGUGAUAUCUGAAUGGUAUUCAAGAGAUACGAAGGACAUAAUCGAUGAGGCUCUUGCAUCUGGAGGUGAUCCAGACUUGUCCGUGGCUUAUACCAUCAAUGGUCAACCAGGAGAUAGUUAUUCAUGCUCUAAUGGUACUAAUUCUAGUGUGUGUGUUUGUGCAAGGAAAACGUAUCUCCUCCGGAUCAUCCACUCCGGGUUGAAUGAAGAGAUGUUCUUUGGCAUAGCCGAGCACAAUCUCACUGUGGUUGGAAUGGAUGGAGCUUAUUUAAAGCCGCUUAAUACUGAGUACCUCAUGAUAACUCCCGGUCAAACGAUGGAUGUUUUGGUCACGGCAAACCAAGCCCUCGGUCGUUACUAUAUGGUUUUCAGUCCGUUCGUGGACACAACUGCCCCGUCCAACGAAAAUGUUACGAGAGGAAUAUUCCAAUACAACGGCACUUAUAACCACUCAGAGACUCCCGUGUUACCUGAACUUCCAGGUUUUACCAAUAAGAGUGACGCUGGAAACUUUACUAUUCAGUUGAGGAGUUUGAAUAGCGAAGAACAUCCAUCCACGGUUCCAGCCAACAUCACAAGAAACAUUACAAUCACAGUGUCCGUGAAUCAGCAACCUUGUCCUGCUAAUCAAACGUGUACCGGUCCAGACGGCUCUAUGCAUUCAGCAAGCUUGAACAACAUAAGUUUUUCAGCUCCCUCGAUUAGCAUUCUCCAAGCAUACUACAACAAUCUUCUAGGAGUCUACAAUGAAACUUUUCCAGAUGAACCACCUUUCGUGUUUGACUACACUGGGAAUGUAUCGGCCUUAGGGGAAGCUGCCAACGUGAGUACCGAAGUGUUGAUGAUUAACUAUAAUGAGGAGGUUGAAAUAAGAUUCCAAGGGACCAAUUUGGGAGCAGCAGAGAAUCACCCAAUGCAUUUACAUGGCUAUAGCUUUUAUGUUGUUGGGAUGGGUGAUGGAAAUUUCAGCGACUCCUAUGUAUCGGAUUAUAAUCUAGUGGAUCCGCCCUAUGUUAACACCGUCGGACUCCCCAAAAAUGGGUGGACAUCGAUCAGAUUCAAAGCCGAUAAUCCAGGAGUGUGGUUCAUGCACUGUCAUUUAGAACGCCAUGCGAGCUGGGGAAUGGACACAGUCCUCAUCGUCGGAGACGGGAAGCUAAAGCAUCAGAAGGUGUAUCCGCCGCCCAGUUACAUGCCUCCUUGUACCGUGUCUUAAUCUGGAUGUUGUUUGCUUUGAGUUCAUUGGUAGUGCAAAGGGCUAUAGACAUCCCAAUGGGAAUAAAUCAUCUAUAUUUUGUACUGAAUUAUGCACUUUUGCAUCAUUCUAAAAGGUUUCAAUUGUAACACAUAUUUGGAAUCCAAGAAGUUAUUUGAUUCAAAAUAUUGUAUUUUCG